UCCCUUACGAGUUUGACCUACUUCUGGGUUUUGCAAAAGUUAUCUUUUAUCGAGAUAUUAACGAUUAUCAAUGGCAUUUUAAGUACUAUAGAACAUGGUAAAACUAACAUCAAUAUGCUGGAAAGCUAAAAAGUUACAAUUUCUUGACAGCCUCAGAGUUUAUGUCCGGGGUGGAGCUGGUGGUCAAGGUUAUCCAAAGUUUGGUGGUAAAGGUGGUGAUGGAGGUGAUGUCUAUGUUAAGUGUUAUGAUAAAGCAAAGUCACUGAAGGAGCUGGCAAAGAGACAUCCUGAGAAGAGAUUCAUAGCAGGCAAUGGGGGAAAUAGUCAUGCCAGAGCUUUGUUGGGGGAGAAAGGUCAGGACAUACUAUUGAAUGUUGAGCCUGGUAUACUUGUGAAGAAUGAUGAAGGAGAUAUACUGGGUAGCUUGGAUUCAAACAAUGAUAAGAUCCUAGUUGCAAAGGGUGGAGCUGGUGGCAAGAGUGAGAACAAAUUCCAAGGAGAGAAGGGCCAGUCAUUGUCAGUAACUCUAGACUUGAGACUAAUUGCUGAUGUUGGACUUGUAGGGUUUCCCAAUGCUGGAAAAUCAACUUUAUUGAAAGCUAUAUCAAACUGUAAACCAGAAAUUGCACCAUGGGCAUUUACAACAAAGAAUCCACAGAUAGGAAUUGUUAAGUACAAAGACCAGCGGGCCAUCAGUGUUGCGGAUUUACCAGGCAUUAUAGAGGGCGCUAGUGAGAAUAUAGGACUUGGGCAUAGGUUUCUGAAGCACAUAGAAAGAACUAAGCUCUUAUUGUUUAUGGUGGAUGUCCAUGGAUUCCAACUGGGGCUGAAGUAUCCCAAGAGAACAGCAUUUGAGACCAUUAUGCUUCUAAAUAAGGAAAUAGAGCUCUAUAACCCAGAACUAUUACAGAAGCCCGCCAUAUUGUGUAUUAAUAAAGUUGAUGCAGAAACACUCAGAAAGUCAGAGAAGGAAAUUAAGAAAACUGAAGAAUGUCUACAUGAAUUAAAACAACAAUUAGCAAAUGUAGAAGAGUCAUCUUUACAAUUGGAGGAAACCUCACGUCCCAAAACAUUUCUAACAUUUGAUGACACAUUGACAAUAUCUGCAAAAACUAGUGACAAUUUAGAAAAACUAAAAAUAAGAAUAAGAGAAAUUAUAGAUUUUCAUGCAAGUGAAACUUCAGCUAUGAUAGACUUAUCAACAACCAGGAGAAAAGCAAGGAUUCGGACAUAUGACGAACAGAACACACAUCAGUUAGUGUAGCCUACAAGUCAACAUGAAAAAGCAAUAAAUGUUUUUAUUAUUAUUUAAAGAAUAAUUUUUAUUAAUAAAUGACAUUGAUAUCUAGAUCAGU